AUUAUCAAAUAAUAAAUCUAAAGAAUUUUAUUUGGGAAUUUUGUAAAAUACAUCAGGAGAAAAAACGAAUUUCUGGUUUAUUUAAAAAAAUUUGUACUGUCUGUGGAAUUAAUAUUAAUGGUCGAAAUAUUUCCAACCAUUUGGAUUGUGAUACAUUAAUACAAUCUAUAUUUGAUGCUGGAAAUGAAGAAUUAGAAACAAUGGCAAUAUUUGGACAUAUUUCUUCUUUGG